AACAGGAAUGAUGGACAAAAGACUCACAUUCCCAUGGUUGCUGCCGGUCAUCUUGGCAGUAAUGACGGCGGAUGCCACCACGGACGCUUUCUUAAGUCACUUGCCCUCUCACAAAGGAGACCCGAGCAUGAGCAUGGUAAAUGUAGCCGAUGUUGCCUUGAUUUCUGAAAGCCGAUCAGGGAGCAACGACGGAAAUUUUUUUAUUUCGUAUGGCAUGGAACAAAACGGUCGCUUGAUUCCUCUUCCUGUCCCCCACUCGCCUACCCUAUCACGGCCUUCCGAUGCGUCGCGAGUCUCCACACCACACUAUGAUAGCCGUGCAAACAGGUACUCUAGUAUAAUGUGGGUCAUCAGAAAGCAGAGUGAAGUCCGGUCUAUUGUACGAAACGCGAAACGAAGGCUGAAGACGUUAUUGCACACUGUUUUCUUGCCAGUUGGGUUCCCGUCGAGCGUGGCUCCGGAAUAUCUGCGAUAUCAGCAAUGGAAUGUUGUACAGGAUUUAAGCACUUACUUGCGUGGCAUUUUGGCAACGCAGGCUAUACUAGAAGGUGUAGGCGUAGGGCGGGAAGGGGCUACACCCUUGGCAGCGACACUCCAAUGGAUCACACGGGACGGAGCGUCUAUGAUGAGUGGACUCGUGUUUACAUCCUUCUUGAGCACCAAUUUUGGUGUCAAUGCCAAAAGCUGGCGUCUCUUCGCCGAUUUCAUGGUUGAUAUUGGUAUUACACUAGAUAUGUUAGCCCCACUUUUCCCCAAAAACUUUUUGCUAUGCAUAUGUCUCGCCUCGGUUUGCAAAAGUCUCUGUGGAAUCGCUGCUGGGGC